AUGUCAAGUGAAAAUACAACAAAUAUAUCCAAUCAACCAAAUGAAGGUAAUAUAAAUGAACGAAAAACAGUUCACAUUUAUAAAUUAUCACUUCAUACAACAGAUAAUUCACUUCAAAAAGUAUUUUCUGAAAUUGGAACUGUAACAAAAUGCGUUAUUAUUCGAGAACCUAUUUCUCAACGUUCAUUAAGAUUUGGAUUUGUUACAUAUGAUAAAGCUGAAGAUGCAAAACGUGCUGUUGAACAAUUAAAUGGUACAGAAGUAGAUGGAUUUCGUAUUUCAGUUGAUUUUGCAAGAAGAGAAGAAGCACGAGAUAAAACACCAGGAAGAUAUUUAGGUUCAUAUUUCAACAGAACACGAGAAAGAAAUCCACGCCAUGUAGAAUAUGAUAGAUAUGAAUCUAAUUAUUAUUCUAGAGAUAGACUAUAUCGUCGUAGAACAGAACGUAGUCGUUCAAGAGAACGUUAUAGACCAUCUUAUUAUUCUCCACGAAGAAGUCGUUCUAUUAGUCCACGUGAUUUCCAUCGUGAUAGAUAUGAAAAUGAUGAUUGUUAUUCACCAAGAGAACGUUCACCAAACAACCAUUAA